GACUGACUCUCGGAGCAGGGCCUUGUGUAGGAAACAGCGGGAGUGCAGACCGUCUCGGCUUCCCCCAGCUCUGUCUGCAGGACUCGGCUCUCGGAGUCGCAUCUACCGAUAAUGUCACCGCGUUCCCGGCCGGCAUCACCACCGGAGCGACCUGGGACAAAGCUUUGAUGUACGCCCGUGGGGUUGCCAUAGGCAAAGAGUUCCGCGGCAAGGGAACCAAUGUCUAUCUUGGGCCUACCGUGGGGCCUCUGGGACGGAAACCCCUGGGCGGACGGAAUUGGGAGGGCUUUGGCGCCGAUCCGGUGCUCCAGGCCAAGGCGGCCGCCCUGACCAUCCAGGGCGUCCAGGAGCAGGGUAUCAUCGCCACAGUCAAGCAUUACAUUGGCAACGAGCAGGAGAUGUACCGCAUGUACAACUUGUUCCAGCCCGGAUACAGCUCAAAUAUUGAUGACCGGACCCUGCAUGAGCUCUAUCUGUGGCCGUUUGCCGAGGCCGUCCACGCUGGGGUGGGCGCCGUAAUGACUGCUUACAAUGCCGUCAAUGGCUCCGCUUGCUCCCAGAACAGCUACCUGAUCAACGGCAUCCUCAAGGACGAGCUCGGCUUCCAGGGAAUGGUCAUGUCGGACUGGCUGAGCCAGAUCUCGGGUGUGGGCUCGGCUUUGGCUGGCCUCGAUAUGAACAUGCCGGGCGACACCAACAUCCCACUGCUUGGCCUUAGCUUGUGGCAGUAUGAGCUGACUAGGUCUGUGCUGAACGGCUCGGUGCCCCUGGACCGGCUGAAUGACAUGGCCACCAGAAUCGUGGCGGCCUGGUAUAAGAUGGGUCAGGAUAAGGACCACCCACGCCCCAAUUUCUCGUCGAACACGCACGACAAAGACGGGCCGCUAUAUCCGGCUGCCCUGUUUUCUCCCACUGGGCAGGUCAACUGGUUUGUUAAUGUUCAGGACGACCACUAUCUGCUUGCCCGUCAGGUGGCACAAGACGCCAUCACGCUCUUGAAGAAUGAUGGCGGCGUCCUGCCGCUGUCGAACGCGAGCAAAAUCAGCGUCUUUGGCACGGACGCGCAGGUCAAUCCUGCAGGGCCGAAUGCCUGUGCUAGUCGAGCAUGCAACAUAGGCACGCUCGGCAUGGGCUGGGGCUCUGGCGUUGCCGAUUACCCGUACUUUGACGAUCCCAUCUCCGCCAUCAAGAGGAGGGUCCCUAGCGUCAAGUUCUACAACACGGACUCCUUCCCGGCCAUCGACACGCCAUCAUCCGACGAGAUUGCGGUCGUCUUUGUCACUUCCGACUCGGGAGAGAACAGCUUCACGGUCGAGAACAACCACGGAGAUCGGGAUUCGUCCAAGUUGGCUGCCUGGCAUGGCGGCGAUCAGCUGGUCCAGCAGGCCGCCGCAAAGUUUAGCAACGUCGUGGUGGUCAUCCACACCGUCGGCCCGCUCAUCCUGGAAUCGUGGAUCGACCUCCCCUCCGUCAAGGCCGUCCUCUUCGCCCACCUCCCGGGCCAGGAAGCAGGCGAAUCCCUGACCAACGUCCUCUUUGGCGACGUCUCCCCCAGCGGACAUCUCCCCUACUCCAUCACCAAGGCGGCCACCGACUACCCCGACAGCAUCGCCAACCUGAAGGGCUUCGCGCUCGGCCAAGUGCAGGACACCUACAGCGAGGGCCUGUACAUCGACUACCGCUCGCUCAACAAGCAAGCCAUCAAGCCGCGCUUCGCCUUCGGCCACGGCCUCAGCUACACGACCUUCGCCCUCACCAACGCCACCAUCCGCGCCGUCACGCCCCUCUCCCUCGUGCCCCCAGCGCGUCCCGCCAAGGGCGCCACCCCGUCCUAUCCCAGCACCAUCCCGCCCGCCUCCGAAGCCUACUACCCGCCCGGCUUCUCCCCAAUCUGGCGCUACCUCUACUCCUGGCUGCAACCCUCCGAAGCAGACGCCGCCUACGCGAUCGGCGCCGCCGGCACGCCGAAGUACGCCUACCCGGACGGCUACUCGACGGUGCAGCGGCCCGGGCCGGCCGCCGGCGGCGGCGACGGCGGCAACGCCGCGCUGUGGGACGUCGCCUGGGAGGUUACCGUCACGGUGCGCAACGCGGGCGCCAGCUUCGCCGGCAAGGCGUCGGUGCAGGCGUACGUGCAGUACCCGCCGGACGCGCCGUACGACGUUCCCGUGGUGCAGCUGAGGGAUUUCGAGAAGACGGCGGCGCUGAGGCCCGGGGAGAGCGAGACGGUUACGCUCAGGCUGACGAGGAAGGACGUCAGCGUGUGGGAUGUCGAGCUGCAGAAUUGGGUCGUGCCAGGGGUCAGGGGGGGCGGAGGUAUGGGGAGGUAUACGGUGUGGAUUGGCGAGGCGAGCGAUCGGUUGUUUUUGGCGUGCUAUACGGAUAUGCUGGUUUGUGAGGAGGGGUUGUCGCCUCCUGUCUGAGGGUGAUGUGGUUCAAGAGUUGGUCUGAGAAGAGGGGGGAGGUUGGAUCACGUCGGGUUUGGGUGAUAUCUCAGUCAAUUCGUCCGGAAUAAGUAG